AUGUGCUGGGACCGGGACUAUGCAUUGGUUUUACCCUCGACAACACUGACGCGCGACUACAUUAAUCUCUUCCCGAAGGUCUUGAAGCCGUGCGGUUCUUUUAAUGCAGCGAAGAUCGUGUUCUACGAAAAAGGCACGUUCACGUCUGAAGCCAAUUAUGGAGGAACGACAGAGAAAGUUCGCCGAAUUUGGGGAGGAUUGGAACACAACGGCGUGUCGAUGUGGCCUAUGAAUGGAGCCAAGGAGAAGGACAGCGAGGAAGACUCUGGUGGAGAAAAUCUUGGCUAUGGGUUCCUCGCAAUUCAUACGUCAUCCAAAAACCUGCCUCAUGCACUAUCAGGCUGCAGCAAAUCCGGAAUAUAUGCAGCCUCUGGGAAGCAGUCGAGGGCGUCGUCAAGACAGAAGGUGGGGACAUGGCGUAUGUGA